UUUCCAGGGAAUGACAACUGCGAUGUCCUUUUCUUCCUCUCCAUGUUCAAAUCACUCCCUUUAAAAGACUUGCCUAUACUUGCUCACACUUCCAUCCAGAACCAUCUCCCCUUCUCCUAUCUCUACAUUCUUCCAGUCUGCCCUAUACCUCUCUUUCUUAGCAGCGUUGUCCUUUUCAUUCUCUUAACAAAUAACAAUAUCUCUACGACAACGCUGCCACAUUCCCUCCAGCAUCCACUACUUUUAUAGAGAUAUGUCCACAUCAAAAACCUUGGAUAAACCCUUUGGAUAUGAACCAGUUCAAACUCAAGCAGGUUUUGCUCUGCUGCAGCGCAACACAUCCCCAUCUCAGCCUGGUGAGAGGAGGGGAAGAAGAAAGCAGGCAGAACCCGGGAGGUUCCUUGGAGUGAGGCGGCGGCCUUGGGGUAGAUAUGCUGCUGAAAUCAGGGACCCAACAACGAAAGAAAGGCACUGGCUUGGCACGUUUGAUACAGCUCAGGAAGCAGCUCUUGCUUAUGAUAGAGCUGCACUUUCCAUGAAAGGCACCCAAGCGAGAACAAACUUCUUAUACUCUGACAACACUACUUUUCAUUCUCUUCUUACUCCCUUUGAUGUCCAAGCCAUUUUACCAACUUCACAGUUCCUUACCAGCUCUCAACCCAAACAAGCAACCAAUCACAACAGUGCACCUCAGCCUGACAUUUCCCACAGUAAAACCUCCAUCCAAUCUAAUAAUGACCCAUCAUCAGCUGAUGAAACUCCAUACGGGUCAGUUGAUGAUAAUAGUUUCUUUCUCUCUAGUGAUACUAACUCAGGUUACUUGGCCUGCGUUGUUCCUGAUAACUGCUUGAAGCCUCCUUCCACUCCCACCAGCCCACGCGUCUCAAACUUUUGCUCCAUGAGCCAAAACUCCCGUGAAAACCAAUCAAAUUUUGAUAAUUAUGCUCUGCCUCCAGAUAUAACAAGCUUGCCAAAGUCUGAUAACAUGGAGUUUCCGGGUUUUGAUGAACUCAAUCAGGGCUUUUGGAGUGACCAGCAAUCAUGGGAAAUGAACUCCAAUGAACUCUCAGCUAUGAUCAACCCUCCCUUGCUGGUUGAAGAUGGGUGCAUGGGAGCUUCCUAUCCCUACAAUGACAGUGCUAGCUACAACAUGAUUCCACAAGCCACUUCCUCAGUAACUUGCUCUCCUUCAAUGCCUCCUUUUGGUGAUGUAGUCGACUUGGGGUAUUCACCCUUCUGAGUGUUUUCCCAGAGUCCAAUAUCAUCUAUCAGCAGGGAAGUGUUGUGCUCGCCCUACCACUUGCAUGCAAUUUGUUAUUAUCUAGUGUCAUUUUCAGUUUUCUUUCCAACUCCUCUCUCAUAUUCACUGUAAUUAAACUUUUAGUUUCCUCAUUUGAGGGUAGAAAGAGAGUUGGGGAAUAUCCACCUUAACUUUGCCAAAUUGAAUGGAAGUUAUUUGAAAAAAGCU